AUGGUACGCGUGGGGGGUUUUCUCAAAACGCAAAAUCGCAUUCGACGGCAACGUGCCCGUGGACGGUUCAUCUCGCCGUAUCAAGUCGGGGGGACCAUCUUUGGCAAGUCCACCAUGGCGCGCUAUCCUUUGAUGCAUAUGUCCUCUCGCCUGGUGGAUCCCAUGAUCCUCAAACAAUUGAAACGACGCCGCCAGAUGAAAGGGGGCACCAUUUUUGGCACGUCCACUCGCAUGCGCAUGGGGGAUCCCUGGCAGGUCCUCGCAGCAGACCAAGAAAAGGCCAGAAGGAGACGCUGGCUCCAGCAACGGAUGAAAGGAGGCACGAUUUUUGGCAAAGGGGAUCUCAGACAGGUGUUAUGGGCCAACCAAGCCAAAGCCAGGAGGCAACGGAGGCGAAAGGGUAUAAAAAGGGGGGAACGUUGAAGCCCAGGGACAGACCGCAGCAUGUCGCUCCAACUGUUUGACGUGCCCGAGGUGGAUUAUCGGUACGAAGCCUCCCGGGAGGUGGAGUUUCAACGCGCCCUGACGGGUAUCCAGCCCAUCACGUUCUCCAUCCCGGGCUCCGACGAUUAUUACGAUACCAAUUCCCUCCGAUUCAAAGUCAAAGUCCGUCUGACCGAUCCAGCCGCUGGGUAUAAUGGCUUGAAUGCUGAUUUGGCCGCCGCGUCGGAUGCCAACAAUUCCAAAAGCACGUACUGCGUCAACAAUUUUGGACACUCCAUCUUUCGAGAUAUCACCCUGAGCAUGAAUGGGGUCCUCAUGACGGAACAGAGCAACACCUACCAUUACAGAGCCUACCUAGAAACCCUCCUGAACUACAACCGAGAAGAAGGUGCCACCAAGUUAGCCCCCCAAGGAUGGGUCAAUGCCCUCAAUGUGGUGAAUAUCAUGGGAGCCACAGGAGCCAAUUCGGAUAUCCCCACGAACGCUGGAUGGAGUGGCAAUACAGAAUUGAGAGCCUUGACGAGCCGAUUGCUGAGCGAAAAUUGGCACACCUUCCUCAUCCGUCCCCAUUUGCCACCCCUCAAGACAGGCAAAUUGUUGGUCCCCAAUGUCCAGAUGGACUUUGAACUCUUCCUCAACCCCAACACCGUCUACAUGAUGGGCACCCCCAACAAAGGCACCUUAGUCGCCAAGAAAUUUCCAGCCAUUCACCCAGAAGACAUCAAAGUCACCUUGCUGAUGAGAAAAGUGACCUUGAAUGCCAGUGUCUAUGUGAGACUGCAGAAAGAAAGACAGUUGGGCAAACAAAUUGCCCGCUACCCCGUGGUGCGGAGCGAAAUCCGCACCUUUUCCUUCGAUGGACGUACCACCCAGUGGGAACAAGACAAUGUGUUUGUAGGUCGAUUUCCUGACCGAGUGAUGGUCGGAUUACUGCAUUCCGAUGCCUUCAAUGGAAACCUACAACGCUACCCCUUUGCCUUUGAAAAGUUUGGAGUCACCCAAAUACGUCAGACCUUGAAUGGAGAAGAAUACCCUUAUAGAACCCUGCAAUUGACAGGCGAUCAAGCCUAUGAAGAUCUACUGGGGUACGAUCGAUUUCUACAAGCCAUGGGUGUUUACAAUGAAGACAAGAUUCCUAUGCUGCUGCCUGGAGAUUGGGGACAAGGCAAGAACUGCACGUUGUUCCUGUUCAACAAUGUGCCCAGUGGAAAAGCCGAUGAUCCUCAGUAUCGCAACCCCCGUCAAUCGCGCAAUACGCGACUGAUCAUUGAUUUUGCGGCUGCGGUGGGUCACAACAUCACCGUGUUGGUCUGGAGCGAAUAUGAAAACAUGUACGAGAUCAAUCACAUGGGAGGUAUAAAGUACAACAUCAACGGUUGAAGUGAAGUCAGAAGACAGAAGACACCGGGCAUGGAGUUUGUGGCGCUCAGUGAUAGAGUGCUGCGCACGUUGGCCCUAGAAGAUCCUCAAUUACGACGCGUGUUUCACGGGGUGUACCCCGCCGACCAGUUACCCCGUUCACCUCCCAAGAGUGUCCGUCAAGCCUACAUUGUCAAUACGGAUCCAGCCGGAGAACCGGGACAACAUUGGUUGGGGUUGUGGACGGAACAGAACAAGUGCGAGAUCUUUGACAGUUAUGGACUGCCCCUGCACGUGUACACCCACCCCGACUUGCGCCAAUGGUGGAGUUAAUGGAAGCACCUGAUCCGCAGUGACCAGACGUUGCAAGCCCUGGAUAGUCAGACCUGUGGCCAUUAUGCGUUAUUUUUCCUGAAAGCCCGAGCCCAAGGCCAGUCGUAUCAAGAGUUUUUGAGUCAAUGGAGUUGCGACAACUUAGUGUUGAAUGAUCAGAAAGUGGCGGACCAGUUGAAACGGGUGAUUAAACAGGAAGUCCAAGAUGAAGUCGAUGCCCGCCCAGAGGGAGGGCAAAAGAAUGUGAGCCGACAGGCCUUUAUGCUUUGUAAUCCUUGUGAGUGUUAAAAUAAAAAACACCAUAAAACGAGAUGUGCUGUGAAUGAGUGGUCAUUUCAUCAUGAUUACGCGAGGGGAUGUUCAGCGUGUGAUUGACGCCUUCAUGUUAGAAGAAACCCUGUAUUGGUGGUCCCACCCUAUUGAACGGGUGAACACCGUCCAAGGGGUGGAUGCCUGGGAUGGGUAUCAUUGGCUGGUGACCCGCCAACUGGCCCAAGACCAAGACUGGGUCGCUCUCAAACAGUAUAUGGACACCAUGCAAGAAACGCAUUUAAGAGAGACGAUGGAAGGGUUGAUUCAGUUCGAAUCGCCACGUCUUUACCGCGAGUAUUGGACAGCAUGCCCAACCCCAGACAACAACGACGACGACGCGCUUCCAACCCACUCUUGCGACGAUUGGACCGCUUGCCCUUCCACAGACGACUACGACAACAGCGCGCUUCCUCCCAACGACGACCCCGCUUUCGUCAAAACGGGCGAGGCAUCAUGAGCGUGUUGGCCAAAGCGUAUAAAAUCGGGGAUACAUUGGGUCGUAGCAAACGGUAUAAACGCAUGGGCGCUAAAGGGGCUACAGGUCAUUAUCGACGUCACCCUCGACCGUGGGAAGGAUGAUUCGACAGCCCAGUAGUGUGAUUAUCGCGGGCCCGUCAGGCAGUGGCAAGAGCGAGUUAGUGGAACAUUGGUUACGGGACCUCAAUGUGUUUCAAGUCAAACCCCACAAGAUCGUCUAUGCGUACGACCGAUGGCAACCCCGGUUUGACCGUAUGCAAAAGAAAGAGGGGAUUCAAUUUCAUCGCGGGUUACCGGACCCCCGUCAUUUAACCCAAUGGUUUGGCCGGACGCGUGGCGGAGUGCUGGUGUUGGACGAUUUGAUGGAAGAAGGGGGACAGGACAAACGCGUGUUGGAUUUGUUCACCAAAGAUUCUCAUCAUCGCAACAUCACCGUCUUGUAUUUGACGCAAGAUUUAUUCCCACCGGGUAAAUUUGCCAAGACCAUUAAUCGCAACGCGCAUUACAUUGUGGCCUUCAAGAAUCCCCGGGAUCAAACGGGCAUACGCACUAUUUUACUGCAAGCCUUUCCCGACCGUUGGCGUCAAGUCUUGCGCCUAUUUAAACGCAUCACGUCCCGUCCCUUUGGUUAUUUGAUGUUGGAUGUGCAUCCCGCCUCGGAUGAUCGGUACCGCUUGUGGAGUCAUUUAACGCGCCGAGAAGGCAAGGCGCAAGUCCAUACCUUGCCCGUGGAUGUCCCUGCCGUUCGAAAACGAGCUGCAACGAGAACUCGCCAGGGUCCGUCGGCAAAAAGAAGGCGGACAACAAACUGAGUUAUCGACCCGCAUGGACACGCCGACGUUCUCGCCCGCUGGGGUGGGGUCGCCCACCGCCCCUCCCCCCGAUCUCAGUACCAUGAGGGACAUGGUCACGGAAUUGACCCAACCCGUGGAUCGAACUCAAUUGGAUCAAGACAUUGAGGCGUUUAACUUGACGUUUCCGAUCAAUGUGGACGAUGCCUUGAAUGCCUUUACGUUACCCCCCGUGACAGGCACAGGCACCGCCCCCGCCAUUACGACCACGGCACCCCCGCCACCACCGCCUCCACCCACCGUCACCACCGCUCCCACCACCACCACCGCCACACGAACCCGUCCCACCACGUCCACCCGCACUCGCCCCACGGCCACCACGACCACCACUGCCUCCAGACGACCUCCCAGACCACGCCCUGUCACCACCGCCACCACCACCACGGCUCCCUCCCGCCCCUCCACUUCCCGACGCAGUGCAGGAGCCGGCACCAGGACUACCACCUCCACAGUGACGACCCCGACGGGACGUCCCACCGUGGCCGCCAAACAACCGCGACGACGCCCUCGCGUGCCCUCUCCACCGUCCCCCGAUUCCUCCCCUCCGUCGGAGGAUGAAGAUGAAGACGAGGAUGACGACGAUCGAGGGCGAGGUUUAAGGCGACGGUUAGAUUUGUUGAACGAAGAUGCCCAAGAACGGGCGCGAGGGAGACGCAUUCGCAAUAUUACGCAUACCAAUACGGUGACCACCGUGUAUGAAGAGGGUGGACGACCGUCGGUACGUCGCACGUCGACGCGAACCUCUGGUCCACCCCCACCA